AUGAGGCAACCAACCCACAGGCCGGUUGGUCGCACCGUCAGCGUGAAUCAGCGAGCCGGGUCAUGCCCCCUCCAAAAUUUUCUGCUUGUCCCUGCGAUCUCGAAGGCAUCUUCCGUCGCCGAGCCGUUUGGUGUCUUGUCCUGAAAGCCUGGCAUUGCCCGCCCACUCACACCGCAAGCCCGUUCCCACCGAUACUGCAAGCUCGCUGGCUCGCCUCGGAUCAAGUCAAUCAAUAUGGGAAACUCGUCGUCGGCCCCCGAAACACCUCAUGUCGAGGAAGCUCCCGCUGCUCCCAAGUGCAAGCCCUGCUGUGCCUGUCCCGACACACGAAAAGCCCGAGACGAGUGCGUGAUCUUGGAGGGAGAAGAAAAAUGCAUCGAUCUGAUAAAAGCACACCAAGACUGUAUGCGGUCGAUGGGGUUCAACAUCUAGGUUGUCGGAUCGACAGCCGCCGCCGCAAUAUGUAUUCUCGCCUUUGGUUCGCGAUAUGGCUCAAAGGGGAAUACGAUAUUCACAAAACGAAACGAGUCGCCUUGUUUGAGGCCGCCGAUCACUUUUUUUCUGGAUCUUGAAUACAUCCCAUCCAUUCCACCCA